AGGGGACGCGCAGUGUCGCGGACGCGCCUGGAGGGCGGGCUCGGGAAGGGGGAGUGUCCGCGCGCCGCCGCCGCCGCCGCCACAGUUCCAGUUUCUGCCGGAGAACUCGCAGCAUCUCUCGGAGACAUCCAGCCACUCCGUGCACCCGGACGCCGCGCUCCAGGGUCUGUGGGUGCCCAGCAAAAGCAGGAGCUGCUGCAGACCGCGGGGCGGCGGGACGGCCCCUGUCCCCUCCCCUCCGUCAUCCCUGCCGGCGGACUCCCGGGUCAUGGGGAACACUGCGAUCGCCAAGAAAGGCAGCGAAGUGGAGAGCGUGAAAGAAUUUCUAGCCAAAGCCAAAGAAGACUUUCUGAGGAAAUGGGAGAACCCUCCCCCGAGUAAUGCUGGGCUUGAGGAUUUUGAAAGGAAGAAAACCCUGGGGACGGGUUCCUUUGGAAGAGUCAUGCUGGUGAAGCAUAAAGCCACUGAGCAGUACUACGCCAUGAAGAUCUUAGACAAGCAGAAGGUUGUUAAGCUGAAGCAAAUAGAGCACACUUUGAAUGAGAAAAGAAUACUGCAGGCAGUGGAGUUUCCAUUCCUUGUUCGGCUGGAGUAUUCUUUUAAGGAUAAUUCUAAUUUAUACAUGGUUAUGGAAUAUGUCCCUGGGGGAGAAAUGUUUUCACAUCUAAGAAGAAUUGGAAGGUUCAGUGAGCCCCAUGCCCGUUUCUAUGCAGCCCAGAUCGUACUAACUUUUGAGUACCUUCAUUCCCUCGACCUCAUCUACAGAGAUCUCAAGCCGGAAAACCUCUUGAUUGACCACCAGGGUUACAUCCAGGUCACAGAUUUUGGGUUCGCCAAAAGAGUCAAGGGCAGGACUUGGACAUUAUGUGGCACUCCAGAGUACCUGGCCCCGGAGAUCAUCCUGAGCAAGGGUUACAAUAAGGCGGUGGACUGGUGGGCCUUGGGUGUGCUGAUCUAUGAGAUGGCUGCUGGCUACCCCCCGUUCUUCGCUGACCAGCCAAUUCAGAUUUACGAGAAGAUUGUUUCUGGAAAGGUCCGGUUCCCAUCACACUUCAGCUCUGAUCUCAAGGACCUUCUGCGGAACCUGCUGCAGGUGGAUCUGACAAAGCGAUUCGGGAACCUGAAGAACGGUGUGAGUGACAUAAAGACCCACAAGUGGUUUGCCACGACUGACUGGAUUGCUAUUUACCAGAGAAAGGUUGAGGCUCCCUUCAUACCAAAGUUCAGAGGCUCUGGCGAUACCAGCAACUUCGAUGACUACGAAGAAGAAGAAAUCCGUGUGUCUAUAACAGAAAAAUGUGGAAAGGAAUUUUGUGAGUUUUAGGGAGGAAAAGGAUUGCCUCGAGCUCGCACUCAGUCCUUGCACGCUGUGGAGGUGGAAGGUGGAGCCGAGACCUGCUUGUUGGAGCGGGUUCCAAUCCUUCAUUCCAGCAACUGCGUAAGGUCUUUCCUGCGUCAUCAGUGUGCGCUCUGCAACCACCUGUGUACCCAGGCACCGCUCCGCAGCAUUGUCUGUGCCGUCACGCGGUGUACACCACGUCCUCCCGGUUUGGUUUUCCUCCACCCUCCCACGUCCUUCUCAUUCACUUCUCUGACCAGUGCUCCCUUUUUUUUCUUGGUGUUUCAGGCAGUGUUAUGGCUGUUUGAUAUUUAAAAGGAAAGCUACAUGUUGCUUUUUGUAGUUUUGAGCGAUAUUUUUGCUGACCAGUGGCUUGAAGAUAAACUCUUUAAUGAUUAUUUUUAUUUUGAGUAGCUUGGACUCAGUUUUGCCAAAACUCUUAGUAAUUGAAGAUGGAAUGUCGUCUCAGCACGGGGAUUUGCAUAACUGACGAGCCCUUUGCAGGGGUCGCUGAUGUAGCAGUACAUUAGAGCACCUAGAGAGCAGUGAGGGUUCCUGGGCGAGGCUUCACUCCCCUGGGCCUUCCAGUCUUUCUCCUCGUGGGACCAGACAGCUGCCUCAUUUGUCAGGAAAAGGGAGGGGCGUGGCUCCUUGCCCCAGCUGCCUCCCUUGGUCCCAACAUCUCUGUGGGUUAGGAGAGAGGCCUAAGGUUUGUAAGCCUUCGUUCUUCCACGGGGACUUUAGCCAGUAUUUCAGGAAAGUGUGACUGAUAAAUGACACUUUGUGAGGUUUCUCAGUCCUCAUGGGCGGGUUCUUAAGGGAAAAGAGCAAACAUGGAUUUGGAUAAAUGCUGUCAGCAGAAGCCUUGAUUCCUGCUUGCAGCUUAGAGAUUCUCUCCUUUAAGGGAGCUUUUCCGUGUGCUUUGGUUCGGAACAGGUAAGAACAAGAGCAGAGCAGCUGCUCUUGCUUCCUCCUCUGAGGGAAGAAGAUGGCGGCAGCACUGCUGCAGCCUUGACUUGCAUCCCUGCCAGGCCAGAGACAGGAGAAGGCAAAGCUUAGGAAACUGCCACACUUGUAUAUAAUGUUGAGGCGCGACAUCUUUAAGUCGUCAGAACUGCUAACCUCAUCUUUCUCCUCCAUAGACAGAGUGUCUGAUCGUGCAGAUUCAGUUUUCAUAUUCGCUUUUCCUUAACUUUUCUAUACUUUUUGCCAAUUGACUUAAUAAUGUUGCCAUCAUGAGGAAAUUUCAAGCACUCUUGCACAUUUAGUUCAGUGUUUCUUUGUGAAUAAAUGGCUUAACUUUUUUUUACUAUAUUUUCAUUUUAAUUUUUUCAUCUCAUUUUAUCUCUGUACCAGUGACCUACCUUAAAUAAUCCACUCACCCAAAUAGUUUAAAAAUAUUUCAUUUCAUGAUCAAUCUCCAAGGAUCUAAGAUUGUUUUAAGUCCAACAAACCCUGAUGUAUAUAGAGUCUCUAUCUGUCUCCUUACUGGUGCAGGUAGGUCAUUGGCAGCACUGCUAGUCACAUGUACACACCUUCACCAAGCCCUUCAUAUGCGCACACACACACCAAGCCCUUCAUAUGCACACACACACACCAAGCCCUUGAAGACAUUGGAUGUCCUACCUGAGACCUCCUCUCCACCUAUUUGCAUGUGUUUUGGUUGUCAAGUGUUUCUGCAUGGCAAUGUCCCACAAUAACAAGUAAUGAUUUCAGUUGUCCACCUGUAUUUAAAAUGUGCAAGAAAAAUUGAAAUACUCUGCUGUAGCAAGUUUUAUGUAACAAAGAUAUAUCAUCGUAUUAAUAAAUUGAAAACAUUAUUUGUAUAAAAUACUUUAUUUACUUUUUUGUAUUUCAUUUAAACCCAAGAACAUGCUAAUCAUGUGUUCUAUGUAUGCUACAAAUUCUCUGGUAGCGUUGUUGUAUAUUAUUGUAAAAUUAUUUCAGUAAAUCAUGGGGAAUGACAAUUUGACUAUUAUAAUUUAGUUUUAAAAAACUGAACAGAUUUCUAUGAAUCCUAAAAAUAUUUUUUUCUAUAAAAUUAUUCGUACCCAGCUAGAAUCUCUCCAGGUUGAUGACCCCUAGGCAUAUGUUGGUUUCUGGGCUUCCCAGCCAUUCCACUUUACUGUCUCUUUUGAAGUACAUGAGCAAACCUUCAGCUGUGUCAAGGGGUCUAUUUCUGACUAACCAAGUACACUAAAUUGGAAUAUUUUUAACAUGCCUAAAAUUUCCAUUUUUAGCCACAGCUGAAAAGAUUUUCUUUAAAAACUUGAAAUAGUAAGUCGGUGGCAAAAACCAGUAUUUUAUUCAAAUUAUAUUACGUAAGACAGAAGAAAUGGUGUUUUGCCCAGUAAAUCAAGAGAUGGCAUUGAUAGGACUGAGAGGGGAACUUUCUGGCAUUGUACAGACAGAGGGCAGAGACAGGCACUGUGUGGGACUCUGAUUCCCCGGGUCAGGCCAGGGUUCCCUCCUUAGCCAGUAUUCUCAACGGAUAUCAUGCUUUGGACUAAGUCUCUACAGUCACACAUUUCUGCGCAUCCUUCCUCUUACCUUUGACAAUGUGCUGAAAAUCCUUUGACUAUCAUAAAGGCCUUGUCUCUCCCAUUCCUUACUCCCUCACUGAUGCUAAGUAUACACUUGAUAUCAAGCUGCCAGCCUACCAAAAAGGUGCCGUGGCUUAUGGGCACUGCUGUCUUGUUCUUGGUGUGUACUCGUACUGAUUGCCCCUGGGUCGGAAAAAAAAAUGCUCAUUGUAAACCCAAAAGCAGACAAUUAUCUUUUCCCACUGACUGUAUUUCUUUCCUUCUGCUUGUUGUAAGAAUCAAAUGAAAUAAUGUAUGUAAAGGCACCUUGUAAACUGUAAGCUUUCAAUGUAAGACGUAAGGUGUGUUAUCUCAUUAACUAGUUCUUCGUUUAGAGUGCAAUUUCCUAUGCGCUAGUAUAGCUAGGAAAUGCUGAAAAUGUGUUUUUUAAUUCAUCAAUAACCGCAAAAUUAAAGUAUGUUCAAAGGA